GGUUCCUCUACUUCAGUCUGCUGUCCCUGCAUGCGUGACGACGCCACAGUGAGGCCCUGGAGAAGUGUCCCCGAGGACUUCAGCCCAGGGAGACGCCACGAAGACACACACGCACGCACACAUUCUCUCUCUUUCUUCCUCUCCCUUACACACACACACACACGCACACAUACACAUCCACUCCGUAGAAGAAUUCUGACAGCAGCAACUUCCAGUGGUCACACGUCUCCUGAACAAAACCACCUUCCGGGACGGAGACACUCGGACCUGAAUGUGAAGGACUGUAGUGGUUCCCGUCAGAAACAGGAAGAAUAUCUUUCUUUUCUUUAUUUAAGAGAAGUCCAACUCCAUGUGCAGAACAUGAAGAGGUUUAAAAUGAAGGUGUGUGAGGGAGAAGCAGCCAGCCUCAGCGUCGCCCCAGUGAGCCUCUCCGAAAACACGCUCCAAUUUGGAUAACACAUCUCACACACAUACAUGCACGAACGCACGUGUGUGUACACACACACGCCUACGGACGCUAAAGGAAUAGACCCAGGAAGAAGCGUGAGGGGUCCAGACCACCACCCCACCAGCCCUUCAGGUUGGGCCAUUCCAAGCCCUACUGUACCAGUCCCCUCCACUGACCCCCAGGACUGAACCACUGCAGCUCUGCAGAGAGGGGGAGUCAGUGAAGGGGGCAAAGCACGUUGUUCUGAACAUCUGCUACUGGACCACUGCUGAGAGGCAGAGGGCGAGAGAGAGAGGACCGGCGGAGAAGAUGAGUGUGAGUCGUAUGAGUCGAUACAGCAUCGUGUCAUCGGAGGAGGACGGGCUCCGGCUGACUGCGCUGCCGGGGACCGGCAUGAACGGCUACGGCAACGGAAAGAUCCAGACGCGGCGGAAAUGCCGUAACCGCUUUGUGAAAAAGAACGGCCAGUGUAACGUGCAGUUCACCAACAUGGACAAGAAACCUCAGCGCUACCUGGCCGACCUGUUUACCACGUGUGUGGACAUCCGCUGGCGCUACAUGCUGGCCAUCUUCACACUGACCUUCGUGCUCUCCUGGCUGGCGUUUGGCUUGGCCUUCUGGGUGGUGGCACUUCUCCACGGCGACCUGGACAAUCCGGCGGGCGAUGACAACUUCACACCCUGCGUACUGCAGGUCAACGGCUUCAUGGCGGCCUUCCUGUUUUCCAUCGAGACUCAGACGUCCAUCGGCUACGGCUUCCGCUGCGUAACGGAGGAGUGCCCUAUUGCCAUCUUCCUCGUGGUCUUCCAGUCAGUCGUGGGCAGCAUCAUCGACUGUUUCAUGAUCGGCGCCAUCAUGGCCAAGAUGGCGCGGCCCAAGAAGCGCACGCAGACGCUGCUGUUCUCCCACAACGCCGUGGUGGCCAUGCGCGACGGGAAGUUGUGCCUGAUGUGGCGCGUGGGAAACCUCCGGAAGAGCCACAUCGUGGAGGCGCACGUGCGCGCGCAGCUCAUCAAGCCCCGCGUGACCACCGAGGGCGAGUACAUCCCUUUGGACCAGCUGGACAUCAACGUGGGCUUCGACAAGGGUCUGGACCGCAUCUUCCUGGUUUCUCCGCUCACCAUCCUGCAUGAGAUUGACAAGGACAGCCCGCUGUAUGGCCUCGGCAAGCAGGACCUGGAUACGGCCGACUUCGAGAUCGUGGUAAUCCUGGAGGGUAUGGUGGAGGCCACAGCCAUGACGGCCCAGGCGCGCAGCUCCUACCUGGCCAGUGAGAUCCUGUGGGGUCACCGCUUCGAGCCGGUGUUGUUUGAGGAGAACAGCCAGUACAAGGUGGACUACUCCCACUUCCACAAGACAUACGAGGUGCCGUCAACGCCACGCUGCAGUGCCAAGGACAUCCUGGAGGAGAAGUACCUAACCGCACCCAGCUCCAGCGCCUUCUGCUAUGAGAAUGAGCUGGCCUUCCUCAGCCGCGAGGAAGAGGAGCUGGAAGACGCAGAGCGGAGUGAGCGAGAGGGGGCCCUGAGCCCCAGUCCGGAGAGAACGCCACGACCUACCCCGACACGCAGCCUGGAGCAGAGGCCAUACCGCAGGGAGUCAGAGAUUUAACCCCUGACCUUUCACCUUUUUGAUACUUGUUGAUUUUUUUUUUCCUCCUAGAGACACUGGAGUUUAAUAAACAAUGCAAAGUGCCAUAAGGAUAGGCUGGGAACUGUGUGUGCAUGAGUGUGUGUGUGUGUGUGUGUGUGUGAGUGUCUGUGUGUAUAAUUGAGAGAAAGGGAGAGGGGCAAAAGAACAGAGAGAGAGAGAGAGAGAGAGAGAGAGAGUGGUUGCAUGGGUCAUGUGUUCUGGCCAGAGAGAUGUUCUAGUCCUGUGCGGAAACUUGAAUCUUUUCCUCCUUUUUCAUAAAGUUAGUUUAGUUAAUCAUUUCUGAAACAUUAAUAUGUAAAUAUUUCUCAUAGCUAAAUUCGUAUUUGUGUGGAGUAUACUUUCU